AUGGACUCGAUGACUGCUCGUUCCAAGGGUGGCGCGAUCGCUCGGAUGCGCCAUGUGGUCAGGGACAUGGUGGUAGUGUCCCUGGUCACCAUUGUACUUACUCUGGGAUAUAUCGGAAGUAGUACUCAAGGUGACAAGGUAGCAAAGCAGGGUUACUUCGGGAGCGCGUGGUACAGAGAUGCCCUCUUCAAUGAAUCCACCGCCAGCGAUAGCCAAAACAUAUGGUUCCUCGAAACAUUCGGUGGGCGCAAACUAACACCCAGAGCAGCCUGCAGCAUCGAGUCAGCCUGCCGGCACAACGACGACUACACCGUGCAUCUGCUUUCUACAGGAAACAUUAGCUCCCUCUCCUGCCCUUACCAUCGAGUACUCUCAACGAUACCCAACUUUCGGUCGGCACUGCUAAACGCGAGCACCGAGCUCGCGGGGACUCCGUUGUCGAGGCUGCAUGCCAAAGGUGGAAAUCCGCAUAGAAGCCUCUAUUUCGCGGUACGCCUCAGUGACUUUCUUCGCUACGCCGUGAUUUGGAAGUACGGUGGCAUUUAUUUGGACACUGACGUGAUCGUUCUGAGGCCGCUGAACGGUAUACGAAACAGCAUCGUUUAUGAAGUUGACGGAGGACGUAUGUCUAACGGUGUGCUCUUCUUCACGAAGAAUCAUCCAGUCCUUGGAGCGAUUAUGGAUCUGUGUUCACGUCGGAACACGUGCGGGCCGCAGCUGCUGUCGGCACUGGGAUACGACGAAGUGCUCUCUCGGCGCGUGAACUUUCUCAGCUCGCAGACGUUCCUGAGGUUUCCCUUUAGUCAGUGGCGCGACCUUUUUGAUCCCAAGAAGACGGAAGAAGUGCUCAAGGCGGUCAACGGCAGCCACGGCGUCCACUUCUGGAAUACGUUGAACCUGCGUACGGUUGUCAUGACCCGCUCUGGCUGCGCGAUGGAUGUUCUCGCGCGUGCCCACUGCCCCCUAGUGUACAGAUUAGCCUCUUCUGAGGGUUACCUGUAG